UCGUUCUCCCUUUGCGUACUCCUCAUCAAAAUGCCUCUCGCUGCGGAAUCGUCUGCGGUGUACAUUCAAAAUGUAGCACCUGGUUUCGUCGGGACACCAGGACGCGCACCGACAUCCGUGACCGUGCACCCUGUGGCUCUCUUCUCCAUCCUCGAUCACUACCUUCGCCGUACAGAUGCACAAGAACGCGUUAUUGGAACACUUCUUGGAAAACGUUCGGAUAAUGGCGAGAUCGAGGUCCGCUCGUCCUUCGCGGUUCUGCACAGCGAGACGGAAGAGCAGGUCGCAGUGGACAUGGAGUAUCUCAAAACGAUGUACGACCUUCACCACAAGGUGAACCCCAAGGAGGUUAUUGUUGGCUGGUAUUCCACAGGGUCCAACCUCAACACCUACUCUGCCCUCAUCCAUAACUUCUAUUCGCAAGAGACCGCGCCUCACCAGGCGGUGCAUCUCGCUCUCAAUACUGGGGUCAUCGAAGGGGAGCAGGCGGGUGUGAAGGCGUACAUCGGAUCACCUGUCGGCGUGUUCCCCAAGCCUGAAAACUGUGUAUUCGUACCAAUACCGUGCGAGCUCCGAUUCCAUAGUGCAGAGCGCAGUGGUCUUGACCUCCUCACUACUGCCUUCACCUCGCCCAACUCUUCCAUCUCGCAUCCCACGACGGACCUGGAGGUCCUUGAGCGUGCCCUCCAGUCGGUCUCUGACAUGCUUGACCGUGUGCUGUCUUAUGUGCAAUCCGUACUCACGGGAGAGGUCAAGGGAGAUCCCGCUGUGGGUCGAUACCUGAUGGACACAUUGGGUGCCAGCACCGAGGAUCUGGAGAAGGGGGGCUUCAACGCCAGCCUACAGGACACUCUCAUGGUGUCCUACCUCGCCAGCCUCGUUCGUUCGCAAGCAGAGGUAUCGGCACGGUUGGCACUUGUUACAGCUACGUAGUGACUGGUCAAUUGUGCUGUAUGUUAUAGUGAUAUCCAUCGAUCUUGGCAAUAAGCGGUUAAAUCGGGUCCAGCAUGCAACUCAGCUGUUGAAGAUUCGCGA